AUGGGGACAAGAGCGCUGCGGUGCCCCCACUUUUUCCCACUACUGCUGCUGCUGCUGCUCUGCGGGGAGUCUCCUCCGGUGGGUGGCUGCAAUGAGAAGCGUAUGUUGGCCAUGCUGCCCCACUGCAGCAAGACCUUUGCCGAAAAGAUGAAGAAGGUAGAGGUCUGGAAGUGGUGCAACCUCUCGGAGUUCAUCGUGUACUACGAGAGCUUCACCAACUGCACGGAGGUGGAGACCAACGUGGUGGGUUGCUACUGGCCCAACCCCUUGACUGAGAGCUUCAUCGCCGGCGUCCAUAGGCAGUUCUUCCAAAACUGCUCGGUGGACAGGCAAGACUGGGAGGACCCCCCAGACGAAAUUCUCAUCCCGCUGAUCACCGUGCCGGUCCUGCUGACCAUCGCCAUGACUGGUGUGGUGGUGUGGCGCAGCAAACACACCGACCAGGUGUUGUGA